GGAUAAUCGGAAGACGGCGUUGUCAGGGUAGAAAUGGCUUCUAUAUUUUCCUGCUGUCUGGGAUGCUGCGGAGACGGCGGCUCUGGACAUGUUCCUCUAAAAGAAAUGCCCGCAGUCCAGUUAGACACGCAUCAUAUGGGUACGGAUGUCGUCAUCGUGAAAAGUGGACGGAGAAUAUGUGGCACCGGAGGUUGCCUUGCCAACGCUCCCCUCCACCAGAACAAGAGCUACUUCGAGUUUAAGAUCCAGUCAACAGGUGUGUGGGGCAUAGGCGUGGCCACCCAGAAGGUGAACCUGAACCAGAUCCCCCUGGGACGGGACAUCCACAGCCUGGUCCUGAGGCACGACGGCUCUGUGUACCACAACAACGAGGAGAAGAACCGGCUGCCCGCCAACAGCCUGCCGCAGGAGGGAGACAUCGUGGGGCUCACCUAUGACCACGUGGAGCUGAACCUGUAUUUGAAUGGGAAGAAUAUGCACUGCCCAGCCUCAGGAAUUCGUGGAACCGUUUACCCUGUGGUGUAUGUGGAUGACAGCGCCAUAUUGGACUGCCAGUUCAGUGACUUCUACCACACGCCGCCGCAGGGCUUUGAGAAGAUCCUGUUUGAGCAGCAGAUCUUCUGAUGUGCACACCUCUCACCCAGAGCCUGCAGAGUGCCGUGACCCCGCCCCUCUUUGUCCAGUUCGAGUGACCCUCUGUGAGUGCUGUCCUCUCCAGGUGACAGGCAGUCGGCGUGGCUUCCGCUCUUACACUCUCCUCUCAUCGCCCCACUUUUAGUUAAGUUUCUCCCCCAGGGGUGCAGGACCCCAUGGCCUUCGAGGGCUCAGUGUCUGCUGGCUUUGGCUGUGCCCUGGCACUUCAUAGGUUAUCUUAAAUCACCAACUGGAUGACAACUCAGCUCAGCUGGAUUCCUGGUAUAAACCAGCAGCAGCUUGGAUGGUAAUUCUGUCAGCAUCUGAUUUCCACCUGGAAGAGCAGCUGAGGUGGUUCUCUUCGAUUAACCAUUUAAAUCUUGUACCGAAGUACAACAAAAUCCCAGCAGACCCUGUGGCCCUACAGGAACAUGGCUUCCCCAACCUUGCUUUAAUCCAAAGGAAGAGGAAUCAUUAUAUGAGCAGGCUUACUCUGACACCCAGCAGCAGCGCUCACAUAACAAAGACUGUCUGUAUAUCUGGGAAGAGAAGCCAUCCUGGUAAAAUAAUAGAAGCUGGUUUCUCCCAGUAAACCUCUGGUCACACAUCUGUUGCAGAUGUUGGUGCCAGCAUUUCCCAUCGAUGUAGUCCUUUAUGGUUAUGAUGCAUUACUGGGCAAUGAUAUGUGUAUUCUGGAGGUGCUGAGUUCUGGCAGGUUAAUGUUUUGUUGUGGGUUAUUUAAUGUAUAUGUUUGAGCUGGAUUUAUUAAUUAUAUAUUUAUAAUGUAUAUUGAAUUAUACUUAACUGACCAUUGAAAUUAAUUUACAUUUUGUUUCUGAAUUUUGAAACAUCACAGAUGUCUAUUUGGAAAAAUAAAGUUAGCUGUAAAGGAUGUUAGCUGUAAAGGAUGUUAGCUGUAAGCUGUAAAGAAACCAUAUCAUUUUUUUUGUUUGGUUUCAUAUAUUCGGGAACAGGAGAAUUUGUGAACACUAUUGAACAAAAUGCAUACCCUCUGAUUCAAUGUUAACACCUGUCUUAUA